GCAAUCAAUCAUCUCAUUGAGUAUCAUUGAUUAAGCCGAAUUAUCUUCAAUUCGUAUCAAGAAGUUUUAACGUGUGUUUUAAAAUUAUAUUAUUUUUCGUGUAAAGUCUUCGCAGACAAAAUAACCUAUUUAAGUGUGAAUGUUUUUUGUGAAGAAAUUUAUCGGGAAGUUGCAAGCCUCACUCAGCAGCUGAGUCUUUUGCUGCCUAAAUAGCGUUCGCUGUUCUUCAACCCCUAAAGCCUGCACUUGAUUACGCCGCUGAUAUUUUCCCACUUCUAGAUACCGAACGUUCUUUAUCUAUUUAUUGAUUAUUAGUAGAACUUAUCGGGCCGAAUUCAUUGUAAGUGGAAAAAUGAAUACACAACUUUAAUCGCCCAAAGCGAAAUCAUGAACAUUUCUUUUGAAGGUAAACGGAUUCUGGUGACGGGCGCGGCAUCAGGCAUUGGUAGGGGAGUCGCAUUGCGAUUGGCGCAGUUUGGGGGCACUGUGAUCGCUCUGGAUCUAUCUGAAGAAGGCCUAGCCAGCCUAAAAACUGAGGUUUCCUCCAUAGCUACACGCGUAGCUGAUUUAGCUGACUGGCGCUCCACUCAGGAAGCUGUCAAGUCUUCGCUGCCCAUAGAUUACUUGGUAAACUCAGCUGGAUUGGUGGAUAUUGCCCCAAUGGCAGGAAUAACCGAGGAAAGCUACCAAAGGAUAUUUGACGUAAACAUUAAAGGUCUGAUCUCAGUAACACAAGCAGUAGUAACUGAUUUGGUGGAAAGGAAAUCGGCUGGAUCCGUCGUGAAUAUUUCCUCGCAAGCCUCACAAGCCGGCUUGCUCAAUCACACAAUUUACGCAGCAUCUAAAGGGGCUGUGGAUGCAUUUACUCGCACUUUAGCGCUCGAAUUUGGACCGAAGAAUAUUCGCAUCAACUGCGUGAAUCCUACAGUUGUUAUGACGCCUCUCGGACUCCAAGCUUGGGCUGAUCCCACCACCAGAUACGCCAUGUUGGCGAAGAUACCUCUACAAAGAUUUGCUCAAAUUGACGACGUGAUCGAUGCUGUCGUCUUCCUGCUAAGUGACAAGUCCAGUAUGAUAACCGGACAUUGUUUGCCUGUGGAUGGCGGUUUUCUCUCCUGCUAAACUCAUCUCGGGAGGCCAAAAUUAAUGUUAAUUUCAAUGAAACAAUACAAAAUAUGCCAACAUUUCUGCAUUAGUUGACUGGAAACUGGAUGUCGACAAGAAUUCUUAAAUUAGAUAUCCAGGCGCCUUUUAAUAUAAAUAUAAAUGAACUUGUAACCGAUUUACAGGCGGUUUCAGGGUCGUUAUUGUUCGUGUCAUUUGCGUAGUGAGGCUGAAGAAAUAAAUAGUGGCAACUGCAAUAACGAUUGGGACUAGACUUCGUAGAUUCUGAACAUCUGAAAAAAACUCAAUUUAUCUGCGUGUUAUCCGGUCGGGGCUUUUAGGAAGAAACAGCACCAACCGUUAAAUAAUGUUUAUUAUCGUUGCUAAAACUACCUAUACAAAAUGUUGCUUGUAAAUUAAACUCUGAAACCAAA